AUGUUGAGCGUGGUCGGCGGCGCCGCCGGUAACGGCGUCAAGGGAAACUCGCGAAUAAACAUGAUAUACGUCUUUAAUCGCAACGGCUGCAUCUUCUACCGGGAAUGGUACCGUCCGAACCCGCCGAACACGGACGACCACGAGCUCAUGUUCGGGCUCGUCUUCUCCCUCCGCUCCUUCACCGCCAAAAUGGAUCCCAUCAAUGGUGCAUCAGGCGAUGGCUGCUCCUUCCAUGCCUUCCGCACCAACACUUACAAGUUGAACUACCUUGAGACCCCCUCAGGCAUUAAGAUAAUACUGGUGACUGAUCCUAAGAUGGGCGACCUUCGGGAUGCUUUGAAGCACAUAUACACCAACAUAUACGUUGAAUACGUCAUUAAGAACCCUCUUUAUGUGCCAGGCGAACCUUUCAGAUGCGAGUUGUUCAUAAGUAAUCUGGACUCUCCAUUAGAGACAAUCGAACAAGCAAAGAAGCAUCGAGCAGAGCCAGUGGUGCUGUCGGUGUUGAGAGAGAAUCUCGGCAAUGCGCACAACUCAGUCACUCUCUUCCCAGCGCGCGGCGCCUUGAGCCACGACCGCCUUGUGUACUCGGGCGACCUGUCAGCCGAAGACUUCAGAGCUGUUAAACAGAUUCGGCCCCUAUUACGCCUGGAGUACCUCCGAGGACAAAAUGCGGCGAACAUCAGGCACGGUUUGACGGGAGAGGUUCUUAUGAUGGUGGUGACUGAGUUGAGUGACGGCGAGUGGAACCAGAGACCAGGAUUGAGUUUCAGGUGUGGGCCCGAGACCGAGGCUCGAGUGUACAGCAACGGGCUGCCAGUAGGAAUCAACAUCUCCAGCAACUACCUUGCCAUCUCCCCGCCCCCGGUUCAGCAAGAUGGGUCUAAUCUUGACCUUGGUCCAUCCAUGGUGGAAUUGGUGAAGACCUGGGAGAAUCGAGCUCUGGUGCUGUCGCACAGGGAGCCUGGUGGCUACCCUGGAGCUAAAGUCGCCGCUUUUACUAAAGUGGGGGGUCACCGGGUAUCAGUCUUCCGGUCGCUGGAUGCGGGGGCCCUGGAUCCAAUCGUUGCCAUUGCCCUCUCUUGGUUCAAUGAUGUGGAGACAACUUUUGAGCUCGGAGACGAGUUCCUCGAAGAUCUGCCUGACGGAGUCCUUCCCGAUCUCCACGAUGGUGCUGCGACUUCCGCUCCUGCCGGUGCUCAGUCGACCCCGACGGGUGAACCCGCCGCUAAAAAGCUGUGCAGUGAGGGGCAACCCUUGGCUGCUGGUGCCUCUGGCGUCGCCUCGGCGUCUCACUCGGCGCCUCCUCCGAUCCCCCGCGCAAGCUCUUCCGGUAGCUCUGCUGCCACGGGCCCCUCGACUGUCCGCGCGCCUGCUCCCUCCGCGCCUCGUCCGGCGCCUGUUUCCCGUUCUCGGCCUGCGCCGCCGGAACCUGAACUUGAGCCUGCUGCUGCUGGUCUGGCCACGGGCCUGGCUCCCAACGCUCGCUAUCGGAAUCUUCGUCGCCACCGCACGACGGUCGGAACGGUCCUGCAGGCGAUGACUCGCAACACGCAGUCGCUGGUCGACAUCAUCUUUCCCGAGUCCUCGGCGGAGGAGGUUCGUGCUUCUGUUCUUGCGCGUAUCUCCUCGCUCAUCAAUGGUCAGGCCUUCAAUGGCGUCAUUCCCUCGUUUGAAGCUGCUGCUGGUGAGGCCCUGCGGCUCCCGCGCCGCACCUAUUCCAGGCAUUCCUACUCCUGGCCCUCAGCCAAUGAUGCCUGUAUUUUCCGCAGUCUGUUUCCGGUUACUGUGCGUCUGUCUAAUAACCGUGCUAUGGAGGUUAAGGUUUUCACUGACCCCAACGAAGAGUUCACGACCGCCCGCGCCAGGGGAGAUACCCACCUAGUUCUCCGUAAUGUGCCGCUGGGGUACUCUCUCGAGCGCCUUCGCAGCACCCUCCUGGCAGGCAGGACCGACUCCGGCUUGCCCUGGCUGGCCGACCUCCGCCUGUUCCACAGGCUCAAGGAUCCAUAUGACGAGUCCGCGUACUCUCAGCUGCUCGGCCUUCCCGUUGCGGCGGAUGGCGACGCUGGUUUCGAUCGCAUCCCGGCUGUCCUCUGGCUCACUCAGCAGGAGGACCCUGUGCUUCUCAACAUCUCGUCCCAUUCGUGCACCGUGUGCUCCAGUAACCACCGAGUGGCUGACCAUGCGUGCUUUGCCCUCACCCGCCGCGCGCGACUCCCAAACCGCCACACCAUCUCGGUGGCCCAGCUGCAAGCUGUCAACGGGCGACUGAUUGGCCAGCAGCCAGCCCCCGCAGCCUUCAAGAAGGACCCCGGACUUCUCCUGAUUGGGGUCGACUUGGAUGUGGAGGUUUGGUCGUGUUCUCUGUGCGAGUUCGAGUGUGGCUUGGCGUUGGACAGCGCCAUGUACCACCUCAGUUCCGAGCUCCACCGCAAGCACCUGCAGGAAUCUGCACACCUGCCUGCGACAAAGGACAAGUAUGGUGCCUGGAGGAUUCUAGGCAUUUUCGUCGGCAGCUCCAGGCAGACGGACGUCACGUGGAGCCAUGCACUCUCAAAGAUUAAGCGCUCAGCCAAUCUCCUCUCCCAUCUUCAUGCCACCUCCUGGCCUCGGAAAAUCUGA